UCCUCGACUAUCAAUCGGCACCUUUCCAAAUCUAAAGUUUCAAGUUUCGACACACAAUCUAUUCGAAAACCCAAAUUUGUUGAGCUUCCAGUAGUGUAUCAGUCGACCCCCUUCUUUUAGCAGCCAGAUGGCCGGCAUCCUUUUUGGCAGUAUCGAGGCAUGUCGCCGAACCACCCACUGCUUGGGUAUCCUGCGGUCCUCCUGCCGCCCUCUUGUGGCUUAUUCGUCUAUUAAGCCACUGCACCACCGACGACGUCGAUACACCAGUUCAUCGAAGUCCGGGGAAUCGGCUGAGAAGAAGGGCCCAGGUCGGUUGAAUCAGGAAGUGAGCCAAGCCAAAAAGCCAGAUAAGAGUACAGUUGGGUUGGAGAUGGCAGCAGCGCCCCCCGAUCCUCCGAAAGUUCCUGGAGAGCAAAGACCGGAGUUGCCGUACGAGGUCAGGCCGGAGAUCCUGCCCCUCCAAGAUCAGCCAAACCGCUCCCAGCCUGCGCCUACAGAAGUCAAGCCCCCAAACCCACAAACUAUUGUCUGCAGGUCAGACAACAGAGGUUCCUCGGGCUCUUCAAAUAAUCUUUUGGGAUCCAAUGAUAAAAUGGUAGGGAAGGUGGUUGAGUUUGAGUCUUCGGUUAGGACUACAGAAAAGAAAGAUGUUGGUCAGUCAAUUUCAAUUCAGUCUACCAAGUCGAAAGAUGAGCCCAAACUAGAUAACUUAUUUUCAAUCGAAUCCGAGCUAAAGACGCUGGCAGCUUCUGUGUCUGAUUUUAUUGAUAACCCUAUUCAGAAAGACUUCUCUCUAAUUAAAGCGGAGCGUAGAUCUACCGACUCGACCUCAAAAGAAUCUAAAGCAGAAAUAAGUUUGCCAGGAUUAUCCAAGUCGAUUACCGAUACGCCUCAAAAAACCUCUCUAAACACUCAUGAAUCAAAAAAUUUAAUCACAGCCAAUGACAGUUCUAAGCCUCAAAUUAGCAAUACGACAUCUUUGAAUCCAAAUCCGGACAAUUCCAAACCAAAUUCAUCUUCCAAGACUAAUCCACAUGAAAACUUAAAUCUUAAAGUUAUAUCCAGCACAUUACAAAAGACUACUACUAAAAAUAUUAAAGACUUAGAAGAAAGCUCUACUCUAAAAACCAGAGAGGCAAAAUCUUCGCAAGAAAGUAAGAGUUCCAGCUUUAACAUGCCUCGGGAAGGUAAGAUAUCGGGAAUUAAAGUCAAUUCGAAGACACUCGUCGACAGAAGUAUGGAGUUUAGUAAAAUGCUAGAUAAAGCUCAUGAAAAGAGAUUCUACAAUGUGGACACACACAACGAGAACCAAGAAGAUCGGGAUAGGAUCCAUAAAUGGGUGGAACAUUUUAAAUCGGUUAGUAAAAAGGCAGCAUGUGCCUCCGAAACCAAAAGCACAGCGAAAAGUCCGACCCCUAUAAAGUAUAAAAUUGAAAAGCCUUAUUUCAUUGAAACGUUGGUAAAAAAAGAAAAUUGUUGGGUUCCCAAAGAUAAGACAUUGUCAAAUAAUAUUUCCCAUUCGGAUGGUCAGAACUCUACUUCAACAAAUACCUCUAAGAUUGUCUCUCAACUGGAAUUGCCAUUAAAAAUUGUGGCCAAGCACGAAGCACCAACUGAGUUUAGACAAAAGUUUAAGCCUAUCCCGUCGUCUGAACUACGGUCGAAUAAGGACACCAUGUUAGAUUCCAAAACUGAAGCAACUAAGCACACAGAAUUUAUUUUUAAUCAGCCACUAUCAAAUAAAAGUUUACAGUCUCCGGCAGUCGAUUCCGUAAAACAAAAUGCGUUUAUAGCCGUUGACAACGAUAAAAUAGUUAGAAUUGGUCAUAACGAAACGAAGAGGAACCAGUCCACAGAGGAAAUAGUGGCCUUGUUUAAGGACGACUACGAUGGUGAGCCAAACAAAAACGAGGAAGGCAAAGUCAAUGAACUAUUUGAGACACUUGAAAAAUUUAAUAAUAAUCCAGGAUCUUGGUGGUCACUGCCAGAACUGUCUGCAGCAACUAAAAGCAGUCAAACGGAAGUUCUAGCAAUGCUCUCAUUGACAUCGGAUAAAAAAGGAGAACCAAUCGGAAUUAAUAAAAAAGGCCGCCUUAAUACCACUGACUCUGGUAAUAAAUCUGAAGAUCACUUUACCAAACUUGGCGACUUGGACUCAACCAUCCGAGAAGAGGAAGAGGAAAAAGAUCAGGGAAAAAAAGACAAGCCCAACGAAGACUACUUUGUAAAACUCAGUAACUUAGACUCGACUAUCCGAGAAGACAAAAGUGUCAAGCUGGACAAGAAUGUGGAGUAUGCAACGAGUGAAAAGAAUGCCGAAAAGCAUGUAGAACUGAAAAGCUUUGAUCUAGCACAGAAGGUUUCGUCGUUCAUGAAGUCCGCCGAGAAGGGUGUGAUUAAAGACGAUGCUACACAAAAAUCGCGAAGACUUGAGAAAGGAGAGUCAAGGAGCAGUAGUAGCAAAGUUACAACUACAUCGGAGCUAACACCUGGCGAUCUUUAUGAUCCAGUGUCUCCAGAAAUUUCCUCGCCAUCCCCUUUAGAAACAGGCAAAACUGAACUUAAGGAAGAUGCUGAAGAAUCCACUCCUAGCCUAGAGGCUCCAGAGGUGAAGCCUAAAAAGGAGGAGACCACAGUCAAGGCACCUACCUCAAUGGAUGAGACCACAACCAAGGCUGACCAAAAGCCUCCGGUCGAAGUAAAUCAGCCAAAGAAAGAAAAGCCCCAGUUGGAUGAUGGGGAGCUAGCCCUGAAGCUCCGGGACAAAGCUACGGGUGAGCAGCCAGUACUCCAGACUGCAGUACCACUGAAACCACAAGUGGAAAAGAGCCUCAUUCAACACUUGUUUGACAAGAUCUUGGGCAGAGGAAAGAACGACGAAGGCAAACGGCGAAUGUCUUCCUUUACUGGUCAACGUCACAUGAGCACAUUUUCAAUGAAUACUUUGCCUUAUGGUAUUGCCCCAGGGCCUCAGAAUCGGGAUAGGGUGCUCGUCAAUAGGGAGUUAGAUCUGUUCGCCAACAAUGAUGACACUGAGAUAAAGGGAGGCUCGCCGGAGUGCUCGUCACCCAAAAAGUCACCGCGUGAGCUACUCCGGGAAAAGCAGCAGACCAGGAAGAUCAAGAUCCUUGGUGGUUCCAGGGAGUGUGCCAAGAAGAUGAAACGGCUGAAAGAGCUUGAAAAGGACAACGACGACGAUGACUGCGGCAGGCGAUGCUGUUCUAACAGUCUAUCGCCCUUUUUACGUCAGCUUUACGUCAGACUGUACCUUCAUACUAGCUAAUGGGCUCUUGAAUGUUGUUUUUUCUCACCUAAAUAAUGAUAUUUUAGCUUUAAUGUAACUCGGAA